AUGAGCACGGCUGCGCCGGCCGCGGCGCCGCCCGCACCCGAGCGCACUUCAUUCGGGGGCCUCAAGGACGACGACAGGAUUUUUACAAACAUCUACGGCCGCCACGACCCCUACAUCAAGGGCGCCAUGGCGCGCGGCGACUGGUACCGCACUAAGGAUCUGGUGCUCAAGGGCAGUGACUGGGUGGUGGAUCAGAUGAAGAAGAGUGGGCUCAGGGGCCGCGGCGGCGCCGGCUUCCCGUCUGGCCUCAAGUGGAGCUUCAUGCCCAAGGUGUCUGACGGGCGGCCGUCCUAUCUGGUGGUGAACGGCGAUGAGUCGGAGCCCGGGACCUGCAAGGACAGGGAGAUCAUGCGGCACGAGCCCCACAAGCUGGUGGAGGGCUGCCUCAUUGCAGGCGUCGGCAUGCGCGCGCGCGCCGGCUACAUCUACAUUCGCGGCGAAUUCGUGAACGAGCGCCUGUCCGUGCAGCGCGCCAUCGAUGAGGCCUACGCAUCGGGCUUCCUGGGCAAGAACGCCUGCGGCACCGGCUACGACUUUGACCUCAUGCUGCACUAUGGCGCGGGCGCCUACAUCUGCGGCGAGGAGACCGCCCUGAUCGAGUCCCUGGAGGGCAAGCAGGUGCGGCAGCAGGCGGCAGCAGGCGGCAUCGGUGCAGCACCAAGCGGCAAGCCCCGCCUCAAGCCGCCGUUCCCGGCCAACGUGGGCCUCUACGGCUGCCCCUCCACCGUGACCAACGUCGAGACCAUCGCUGUGGCCCCCACCAUCCUGCGGCGCGGCCCCGAGUGGUUCUCGUCCUUCGGCCGCAAGAACAAUGCCGGCACCAAGCUCUACUGCAUCAGCGGCCACGUCAACCGGCCCUGCACCGUGGAGGAGGAGAUGAGCAUCCCCCUCAAGGAGCUCAUCGAGCGCCACGCCGGCGGCGUGCGUGGCGGCUGGGACAACCUGCUGGCCAUCAUCCCCGGCGGCUCCAGCGUGCCCCUCCUGCCCAAGAAGAUCUGCGACACCGUGCUGAUGGACUACGACGCCCUGAAGGAGGCCCAGAGCGGCCUGGGCACCGCCGCCGUCAUCGUCAUGGACAAGAGCACCGACGUCAUCGACGCCAUCGCGCGGCUGUCCUACUUCUACAAGCACGAGUCCUGUGGCCAGUGCACCCCCUGCCGCGAGGGCACGGGGUGGCUCUACGACAUUAUGACGCGCAUGGUCAAGGGUGACGCGCGGCUGGAGGAGAUCGACAUGCUGUGGGAGAUCACCAAGCAGAUCGAGGGCCACACCAUCUGUGCCCUGGGCGACGCCGCCGCCUGGCCGGUGCAGGGGCUCAUCCGCCACAUGCGCCCCGAGAUGGAGGACCGCAUCAAGUUCGCCCACCAGGAGCGCAUCGCAGCGGCUUGA